UCAACGGAAAGAGCCGAAGAUGUCGGCUCGGUCAUGUGAUCAACUGUGUCCAAUCACAGCUGAUUGCUUGGGACAUGUACACUGAUCAUCAGGGCACCGAUGAUCAGUGCACCCUGAUGAUCUGUGUAGCCGCAGCAGUGCCACCUGUCAGUGUCCAUCAGUGUUAGCUGUCAGUGCUCAUCCAUGCCACCUGCCAGUGCCCAUCAAUGCCACAUCAAUGCCACAUAUCAGUGCCCAUCUGAGAUGCCUUUCAGUGUCACCCAUCAGUGCCGCCUAUCAAUGCCAAUCAGUGCCGCCUAUCAGUGCCGCCUAUCAGUG